CCGCUCCCGGCGGGGCCGUUUCCCUCGCGGGUCCCGCCCCCCGCCCCUCCCCGUCCCGCCCGUCCUCGGACCCGCCCGGCGGGGCGGGGCAGGGCGGGGCGGGGGCGCUCGGCGGGCGCUGCCGGUGUCGGCGGGCGCGGGGCGGCGCAGGGCGCUCGGCGGGGGCCGCCGCCGCAUGGCGCGGGCCGGGGCCGGGGCCGGGGGCUGCCCCGGCGCGGCGCCUCCAGCACCGCAGCGAUCGGCCCCGUGGCGGCGGGGGCGGCGUGGCCGGGCGAUGGCGGAGCUGUAGCAGGCGCGGGGCCGGUGCGGGCGGGCGGGCGGGCGAUGGCGGCGGCGCGGCUGCGGGUGGCCCUGUGGGUGCUGUGGCAUUUCGGGGUGGGGGGUCGCGGCUUGGAGCUGGCGGGGCUGGAGGGCCCGCGGGGGCGGGCGGCGCGGUGCCAGCCCGUGGACAUCCCGAUGUGCCGCGGGAUCGGGUACAACCUGACCCGCAUGCCCAACCUGCUGGGGCACGAGAGCCAGCGCGAGGCCGCCCUGAAGCUGCACGAGUUCGCCCCGCUGGUGGAGUACGGCUGCCACGUCCACCUGCGCUUCUUCCUCUGCUCCCUCUACGCGCCCAUGUGCACCGACCAGGUGAGCGCCAGCAUCCCCGCCUGCCGCCCCAUGUGCGAGCAGGCCCGCCACAAGUGCGUCCCCAUCAUGGAGCAGUUCAACUUCGGCUGGCCCGAGUCGCUCGACUGCAGCAGGCUGCCCACCAAGAACGACCCCAACGCCCUGUGCAUGGAGGCCCCCGAGAACGCCUCGGCCGCCGAGCCGCACAAGGGGCAGGGGAUGCUGCCCGUGGCCCCCCGGCCAUGGCCACCGGGCACCGCUGCCGAGGGCCGGGGUCCCAACGGGCUGGGGGCCUGCGACAACCCCGAGAAGUUCCAGUACGUGGAGAAGAGCCUCUCGUGCGCGCCCAGGUGCUCCCCCGGGGUGGACGUGUACUGGUCCCGGGAGGACAAGGACUUUGCCUUCAUCUGGAUGGCCGUCUGGUCCACCCUCUGCUUCGUGUCCACCGCCUUCACCGUCCUCACCUUCCUGCUCGACCCCCACCGCUUCCAGUACCCCGAGAGGCCCAUCAUCUUCCUCUCCAUGUGCUACAACGUCUACUCCGUGGCCUUCAUCAUCCGCUCCGUGGCAGGGGCUGAGAACAUCGCCUGCGACCGGGAGAACGGCGAGCUCUACAUCAUCCAGGAGGGGCUGGAGAGCACGGGCUGCACCAUCGUCUUCCUCAUCCUCUACUACUUUGGCAUGGCCAGCUCGCUCUGGUGGGUCAUCCUUACCCUCACCUGGUUCCUGGCUGCUGGCAAGAAGUGGGGACACGAGGCCAUCGAGGCCCACAGCAGCUACUUCCACAUGGCCGCCUGGGGCAUCCCGGCCAUGAAGACCAUCGUCAUUCUCACCAUGCGGAAGGUGGCGGGGGACGAGCUCACGGGGCUGUGCUAUGUGGGGAGCAUGGACGUCAGCGCCCUGACCGGCUUCGUCCUCAUCCCCCUCUCCUGCUACCUGGUCAUCGGCACCUCCUUCAUCCUCACCGGCUUCGUCGCCCUCUUCCACAUCCGCAAGAUCAUGAAGACGGGCGGCACCAACACGGAGAAGCUGGAGAAGCUGAUGGUGAAGAUCGGGGUCUUCUCCAUCCUCUACACCGUCCCGGCCACCUGCGUCAUCGUCUGCUACUUCUACGAGCGGCUGAACGUGGAUUACUGGACGCUGCGGGCGCUGGAGCGCGGCUGCCUGCGCCUGCCCGGCCGCCGCGCCGCCAACUGCUCCCUCGAGGCCUCGGUGCCCACCGUGGCUGUGUUCAUGCUAAAGAUUUUCAUGUCGCUGGUGGUGGGCAUCACCAGCGGGGUGUGGGUGUGGAGCUCCAAAACGCUGCAGACCUGGCAGAGCCUGUGCAACAGGCGGCUGGGCGUGAGGACGCGGGGCAAGCCCUGCAGCGGGGUCAGCUGUGGCGGGGGGCACUGCCACUACAAGGCCCCCACGGUCAUGCUGCACAUGACCAAGACGGACCCGUACCUGGACAACCCGACGCACGUCUAGAGAAGGGGGCUGCCCUCGCCCCCCACCAGCGCCGGGAAGCGGCCUCACGGGUAAGGGGCGAGGGCAGGGGCUGCGCGGUGGCGGGGGACACGGUUUGGGGGUGGGCGAGGCCGCGGACCCCCCAGCACCACUCACUGACGAGUAGCUGCUUUUUCCUAGAGGUUGUUUUGUUGUUGUUGCUGUUGCCAAAUACAGUGACUCUUCUAACGCUUUCUUUGGGGGGCGGCGGGGACGGGGCAGGGAGAGGAAUAAUCCAUCCGUGUUUAUUUAAUUCUGUAAUUUAUUUUAGACUUUUUUUUUUUUUUUUAAUCAUUAGCUGCGAGGAAUGGAAAAAACAAUAAACCCUGGAUGUGUUAUUUGAA